UCGUGACUGAUUUGGCUCCGAUCCGUUCGAAGCCUCACAACCAAUGCAAGUUGCGAGAGCCAUCUCUGCUGAUCUUUGAAGACCAAAGACCACAAACUCGUGUGGUUGAAGGCAAGAGGAGGAGAUCAAGAGGCGGUGUGGUGAUUAAAUUACAGUAUUUUUAAUAGACGAGCCACACCAUACCAUACAGUACCAUUCCAACAUGCCGGCAUCUACAACAGUGGCUGAUUUGAAGACUGCCAAGAAGAACAAAUAUGUUCAACUUUCGUUGGUGAUUGGCGACGAUUCCGACGUGUCGUCAUUGACGACGCAGCUACAGACUUCGUUUGCCAAUGACCACAAUAACGACGAGUGUCAUCUGUGUAACAUUGUACUGGUGGAUGGACACGAAGAGCAGUCUCGCGAUUGGAGUGCUCCCGACAUUGGUCUCCUGUUGGAUGUGAUUGGGAAUUUGGAUUCGGUCGUCCAUUUAGGAUUUGAAAAUUUGGGGAGUGCGGGUACCACGGAAGAGAAUGACACUCCAUUGUCGACAUUCCCCGUGACACGCAUUACCACUCUACUGCAAAGGACCAAACGACGACUGGAGACGUUGGUCUUUGAUGGCUGCAACUUGACAGGCACGCAUCAAGAGCAGCAUGACGCAUUGGCAGCCGCCAUGGAAGAGUGCGUCUGUAUCCGAUCGUGUGUCAUUACCAACAAUUUUGAUCUCUACUUGCCCAGUGACGAUAGCGACGAACCAGAGGCACACCCCAUUGAUAAGAUGGUCGAAGCCAUUGCCAAAUUGCCACUAUUGAUCGAAGCGGAUCUCGUCACGUACAGUUGGUACGAAGAAGGAUAUCCCUAUCAAUUCCAGUCGUCCGAUCCACUCAAAGGACUCUUUCUGGAAUGCCCCAAUUUGCAAGAACUCGUACUGGGAGAAUUCAACCUAUCCAAUGAAGGAUUAAAGGAUGUCGGACGCUGCUUGGCAAAAUGCACGUCGCUGCGAAAACUCGAACUGCACUUGGCACCCUCCACGCGAACGCGGGCGUGUGUACAGUCCCUCACAUUGCUCGCCAAUGCCUUGAGCGCCAACACGACACUCGAGGUCUUUAAAAUGGAAUUUGAUGAACGAUGUCCCAAUUUGGAUACCUUUCUAGUCAAGGUAGCCGAAGCCUUGGAACAAAAUGCAGAGUCAGCCCUCGUCAAAUUCAAAGUGACAUCGCCCAUUGGGUACGGGCAACCCGUCGAGACGGCAUUUUGCAAGCUACUCCAAUCCAAUUACACAUUGCAAAAGGUCGACUUUUUGACACUGGAUCAACGAGGAGAGGAAGACGAAGAAGAAGGCGAAUACCAGUGUUUGGAUGCCAGCAAACGAACCGAAAUGGAUCUCUACUUGCGACUCAAUUGUCGUGGUCGCAAAGAGCUACUGACCACGGCCACAUCGCGAGGCAAAUGGAUGACGGCAUUUGGGAAGUUCUCCCAUGAUUUGGAUGCCAUUCAUUACUACGUUCGCAGAAAUCCAUGGCUCUGUCAUGCCGAUCGUGAUCCCGAAUUAUUGGACACGAAACAAAACCCCAAACCAACAACCAUGACUACUGGUACGGAAGGAGCUACCAAUGCUGCCAUGAUGGCGAGUUUGCAGCAACUCAUUGCUACGGGAUUUCAAAAUACACAGCUCGAAAUCAGAAAGCUGAAUGGAAAAAUGGAUGACAUGCAUCGGCAGCAUGCCAGGGAAAAGAGACACUUGGAGGAAGAAGUGAGAUUGUUGAAAGAGCAGCUGGCUAAUUUGAAACUGGGAAUGGCAAACCAGGAAGAGGAAAUUAGUGUACCACCUUCUGCGGCUCCAGGAUCAUAAUAGAGAGAGUGGACCAACCAGCCAGAGCAAUUUUUAGGGUGUCCUCGGAGCCAAAGCCUGGUGGUUUCAUGGCAUUUAUGACAGAGGGAAAGACUACAGCAGUGGCAUCGCUGCCAGCGUCAAAAGACGAUUUAAACUACUAGCUAGUGACUUCUGCACCAGGUAGCUACCGUAAGCAAUUCAUGGUGCUAGUACAUGUAGG